GAUGAAACCACAGCAGUGUGAACCACAGACAGAGGAAGGAGGAGGGUUUUACUCAGUGACUCUGAGCUGAUCAGAGAGCAGCUCUAACAUCCUCACAGAGUCAGGAUGGAGGGAACAUGUCUGCUGUGUCUGCUCUCUCUGACCUCCCUGCUGUGCUGCACCUCAGACUCAGCUGGUCUGACGGUGAGUCCCAGCAGCUCUCAGCUGUUUGAAGGAGACUCUGUCUCUCUGAGCUGUGAGGAGGACGACAGCUCUGCUGGAUGGAGGCUGAGGAGGAACACCACCAGAGAAACCAGGACUCAGUGUGGAGCUGACUGGGGAAGAUCAGCUGGUUCUUCCUGUAACAUCAGCUACAUCGACCCAUUGGACAGUGGAGUUUACUGGUGUGAGUCCAGAGAGGGAGCAACCAGUAACAGCAUCAGCAUCACUGUCACUGGUGGAGCAGUGAUCCUGCAGAGUCCUGUCCUCCCUGUGAUGGAGGGACAUGAUGUCACUCUGCACUGUAAAACAAAGACCCCUCCCUCCAACCUCCCAGCUGCUUUCUAUAAAGAUGGCUCCCUCAUCACAGAGACUACAGGUCACAUGACCAUCCACCAUGUUGACAAGUCUGAUGAAGGCCUCUACAGCUGUGACAUCAGAGGUCAUGGAGAGUCUCCACGCAGCUGGAUCACUGUCACAGGUCAGGAGGUCAAAGGUCAGGAGCUUCACUUUGACUUCACCACUUAUUGA